UGCCUCUGAAAUCCCGGAGACGCCUUGCUCCCACACACCAUCCACAACCCUCAGAUAAACAGAGAGAGAGGGAGAGAGAUUGCAGCUGCAAUGGAGGAUUCCAGUAAUGUUUCCGAGGAAUAUCCAAUGAAAGGUGGAGAUGGCCCCAACAGCUACGCCAAAAACUCUACACAACAGAAAGUAGUUGUUGAUGCUACCAAAGAACUUCUACGCAAGGCUAUGAAAGAAAAGCUUGACCUGGAGCCAUUCAACACCUUCCAUAUUGCAGAUCUGGGUUGUUCGGUCGGGCCUAAUACAUUUUUUUCUGUUGAAAAUAUACUUGAAGCUGUGAUAUUUGAGUAUCAAAGCCGAGGGCCGAGUUCUGAAAUCCCCGAAUUUCAAGUUUUCUUCAAUGACCAUACCCUAAAUGAUUUUAACACACUCUUCAAAUCCCUCCCUCAGAACAGGAACUACCAUGCAGUGGGUGUGCCAGGUUCUUUCUAUGGUCGCUUAUUUCCCAAGGCUUCUGUUAACGUUUUUCACUCUUCAUUUGCCCUUCAUUGGCUUUCUCGAGUACCAAAAAAUGUAAUGGCCAAAAGCAGUCGUGCUUGGAAUAAAGGACGAAUCCACUACUCAAAUAACCAAGACGAAGUAUUCAAGGCAUAUCAAGCUCAAUAUGCUGAGGACAUGGAGUGUUUCCUCCGUGCAAGAGCACUAGAGACUGUGCAUCGAGGAUUGAUUGUGCUUAACCUUUUAGGACUCCCUCGUCCCUUUGUUGAAAUGGUGGCUUUUGACAUUUUAGGAUCUUGCUUCCUGGAGAUGGCUGGGAAGGGGGUAAUUAGUGAAGAAACAGUAGAUUCAUUUAACAUCCCUUGCUACUUCGUGUCUCCCCAAGAACUGGAAGUCAUUGUGGAACGAAAUGGAUGCUUUAGUAUAGAGAGGUUGGAAACCUUACCUCAGCAUGUCGUGAAACAUGGCGCUCUCAGUGCUUCUGCUAUAGCUAAAGUUGCUGCAUCUACCCUGAGAGCUGCCAUAGAGGGACUGAUCAAGCAACAUUUUGGAGAAGAAAUCUUAGAUGAUCUCUUCAGCUUGUAUCAGCAGAAAAUCGAAGAGCAAAUCUCAAUAUAUGAGUCAAAGACGCCAUUUGUCCUUUUUGUUGUGCUUAAACGCAAGACAAAUUGAUUUGAACAUGCAUGGUUUAUUUGUUUGUAUUCCUGAAACUAUCUGUUUGUUAGUUAUGUAAUAUUGAAGAGUAGAUUUUAAGUGAGUUACCCUCUGUAUAACAAUAAAAGGAUACUAUUUACCUACAUUAGAGAGCGUAUCUGCAAAUGUUGAAAGAGCAUCACCAAAAAAUUAAUGUUUGAAUUGUC